UCUGUCAGACAAAAAUAAUACGUCCAUUCAGAUCUAUUUAAAAAUUUGAAGUGUCGAGGUUGGAAAAUAGUUUAAAUUUUAGACAUGGUGCAGGUUUCGCGUACAGCCAAGUUCACCGGUGUUUGCGUGGGCGUCUAUACGACUUAUGUCCUCUUCGUAUUCCUCAUUUUGCCCAUUCUGAUGCCGGAUCCGGUGGCUCUGCAGCGGUCGGUGGUGGCCCACAAGACGCGCCACCUGGGCGACAUAAGCAACUUCACCCUGGAGACCGGUGGCCAGCCGAUCCGGUCCAUGCUGGUCACGUUCCGGGGCUCGGGAGCCCUGUCCCUGCUGGACAACCUGGCGCACCAGCCGGGCUGCUACCAGCACUUUGCUCCACUGAUCGCCUACGAGAGCCGCCCGAACGCCGAGAAGGAGCACCAGCGGGCUCUGGAGGAGCUGGUGGCGCUGUACAACUGCAACUACAACAAGUCCGCUGAAAUGAUUCGCUGGGGAAUGCGCUCGCCGGUCUUCCGCCGGUUCUACGGCGCCCAGGCGAAGACCUGCAUGACCCACAGCCAGGAGAUCUGCUGGGAUUCACAAACGAUGGCCGCCGUCUGCAAGCUCUACCCGUUCAUCAACAUGGCCGUGUACAACUUGCGGCUCAAGUUCCUAGCCACCCUCCUGGCACGCGAAGGACUGAAUUUACGAAUUAUGCUGAUUGUUCGCGAUCCUCGCGGCACUAUUUACUCGCGGAUGCAUAACAAGUGGUGCACGACAGAAAAGGAUUGCGAAGCGAAGACCCUUUGCAACGACAUGAUCAGCGACCACCACAUGGUUGAAACACUCACCCAAUCCUAUCCGCAACGAUUCAGUAUAUUACGUUACGAGGACUUGGUUUCGCAGCCUGAAGAGAGUAUAAAGGUGGUAUUCGACUUCUAUGGUCUUCCAUUAAGAGGGCAAAAGACCAUGACUCGGUGGAUUCAUCCGCGCAGCGGACAUGGCGUAGAGUCCUCGGGAUUGGACAGCCAUUGGAGGCUCUUCAACCAGCCUGCUCACGACUGGAUGAGCAAAAUGAAGGUGGAGGACAUAAGGGCGGUGCAGAACGUCUGUGGCGAGGCCAUGGACUUAUGGGGCUAUCGCUUGAUUCAGGACUUUGAGAAAUUUUCAUCAGAAACAUUUGAACCGAUCUUGGGCAAGGCUUAAGUUUUUGGGGUCGAGUUAAAAGAGCAAUCAUCAGAAUUGGGUUGUAAUUGGGUCUUUUUCUCAUAAACAUUAUUAUAAUUAGCAAUAGUAGUUAAUAAAAUAGAAAGGAAAACAAUAGGAAAAGUUCAAA